AUGUCAGAGUACAAGGACUGGACGCGCGAGACUGAGAACGCGGUCCUCGACGAAGUAGCCGCCGCUCAGAACGACAGCCCCGAGCGCACCGACCCGCCUCAGACGUUGCCGCCUGGCCAGCCAUCGGAAGACACGCAAGUUGAUAGAACCGAGUCGCCUCCACGACCUAGUACUUCAUCACAUUGGGAACCCAGACCAGGCUUCGCGCACAUCGACGGCGAUGUCAAUGGACGUGGGUACAACGAGACUUUGGUCGACAUCGUCUGUGUGCCGUGUCCCGGAGCCGACCCAGUCGAGACAUGGGCCCGCGACCCACUGCCGGAGGGAUACUUCGGACGGGCCGCUGAUGUGCCGCCGACUGCGUUGAAAGAGCUCGCGGGAGCUAGUAUUCUGUCACCGACGAUCAACCGACAUCUUCCCAAGGCGACCCAUCUGUGGGUGAGGCAGGGGAUUCGGAAGGAGGUUAGCGAGGCUCGCGUGCUUCUCUACCGUCAUCGCGAGUUAAUUGAGGGGGUUACCCUUGAAGAGCUUGCGAAUGAUUUGAUUGAACAAGUUUGGAACACGAGAUAUGGCAACCAACGGUCUCGUCCGUUGUUCUUCAUCGCGCAUAGUGUUGGCGGCUUAGUUGUCAAGCUGGCUCUUUUGAAAGCAACCAAGAGCGAGUAUUUCAAACCAUUUAUGUAUAACUGUCAUGGAGUUACCUUUUUCGCAACUCCGCACAAGGGCUCAAGUUACCUGUCAAUGAACAACUUGGAGGACAGUAUUCGCCACCUUCUUCGCCUCCAACGACCACUUCCACGCUCAAUCUCCAACAAUUUGAGACUAGGCCACAAGCCUCUUCUCAAGAUGGACGAGGAAUUCUCGACAAUCGCAAGCGAGCUCAGGAUAUGGUCCUUCUAUGAGACCAUCGACUCCCAGCUUUCAGGCUCUGGGUCUACGAGUAGAGGCUUAGCGAAGGAAGUUCGAUUCGGCGCCCCCAUUGCCUCCAUAAAGUCAUCAUUACUUGGCGUUAGGCAGGAGCGGGUCUUCUCGUUGGACAGCGAACAUGCCAAUUGCGCCUCUUUUGGUGAGGGGAACACAGAAACGAUGAACACCUACCUACAUGAACUCUCUGUAGCGGUUCAAAAAGCUACAGAACUGAGCUCCCAGUACAUUCACACUCCGCUGAACCUCAAGAGACAUGUUAAGGUCGAGAUAAUUGGCUUCUAUGAAGACCCAGAUGCAGACAUGGAGUCCGCCAUUCGUCUUUACUUCACAAAGCUUCAUCUCCAAGAGUUUCUGGACAAAGGUCCUGAACGAUGCCUGGAAGAACGGCUGAGAAGAAGCACACUCCGGCCGCGGUCCGAUCCCAAUCCGCCCCAUCCAAGCCAGGCAGACUCACAACACAGUUCUCAUGGCCUGGGAAUUAUGGCUGGCUUCCAAGAGCUGGGGCAAAAGAUAUGGCGAGCUGGCUCGGACGCUGGGAGUCGGCCCAAGAGCUCCGACUCCGAAAGUCAGGGCUCGCCCGGCAUCGUCGUCACUCGUCCAUCCAUGGCUGGAGGCUCUAAUUCGAUGCCUGUGGAUACUCUACGGCGAAUGCAAAGCCUCAAGGUCCCGGCCUUGUCUCCGCCGGGGUUCAAUCGGCCAUCCAGUCGAGGUAGCAACGCCGACAGCACGAGGUCAGAUCCAACAGAACUUGAGCUGUCGCCGAAGACGCCAGAUCCCGAGCCUUUUGCAUCAAUAGGUGUAGAGAAGAGCUAUUCAGAGCCACUUUCCAGACGACAAGACCGGUACUCGAGGGCUUCUGCCUUGGAGGAUCUGACGGCUGGGUUUUCAAGACCUGACCCGACCGGUAGAAAGUUUAUGUGGAUUCAUACUCCAUUCACCAAUCCCUCUUGGGUCAAGGAUGUUUUCAGUGUCCUAGCCAACCCCAAUGACCCAAGUUUCGUGAAACUCUUCAACCAUGAUAACUGGGCAUCGAAGCAUGUCAUCGGAAGACACUCUCAAUCGCAAGCAUCGUUCGUGAAACCGGCCUGCAACAUCAUUCCCCUCAACUCAGCUCCCUCACCUCAUCCGUCCCCUAACCUUUCUGGCCGUGUCAGUCCAGCUGGGCCUUCGUCAGUGUAUCUGUACAUGUACCUUCCGUUCCUUCACUUCGACACGUAUAUCGACAUAGUCCGCCGACGCAAUUUCAUCAAGCAGCGCAUGCAGCAUGGUAGGUCUCGUCCGGUUCCACGAGAAAUUGCACAGCUGGACUCUGCGGAGCUUCGAAUGAUCUGGGAGUACAUAGGGUACGACCCGCCACUCAACUACCGUCGGACUCUUGAUCAGUUUGCAUACCCCUCCUUAAGAGACACAUGGGCUCGCGAUGACGAUCAGAUGCUCUAUAAGCUUACCAAAGAUCGCGCGUCCACUGGAGUUGACUUGGAACAGCUGGGACUCCAGAGGCGACAAACCACAGGAUCGACAUGGAGCCCGAUGAACAAGCUCACGCCUUCGAGCACGGGACUGCUAGAGGAUGAGGUUGAUACCGAUGAUGAGAACCAGGAUCUCGAUGAGGUUAUCAAGGAUGGCAAGGUUCUCAUGGUCGAUGAGCUUUGGCUGUGGGCUAUUGAUGCGAAAACCUUAACUACAUUCUUCAACAGAAGGGAAUCAAAGCCAAAAGAGGGGCCCCUAUUUCAGCAGGCAGACCUCAGGAACAGCGUAUACAAUGAGCUCAAUGGCGAUCUCACGGGCCGUUGUGAAAAUGCACUGGAUCUUGCAGCAUUCAUCGUACUUCAUGCGAUCACUGUUCUGCUCGAUCGGGCUUCUCAUCCUGACCUCGAGAUCUUCAGAAUAUUUGAAGAAGCAAUCAGCAUGCUCACCGAGCGCAUGACUUCUUCCCUGAAGCACUUCCGCAUGCAGACAUUCAAAGACGUGGGCUUCGAAUCUGACUCGGAUAGCAAUCGGCCGGAGUCCAUCAAGAAGCGCCAUAAGCGUGAGCUCGAAGAAGCCGAGCGGGAGAACCGCGAAAACACGUCGGCACUGAUGGAACUCCGCGAUCUAGAGGAUGAACUUAAGUCCCUCGAAAGGCUAUUCGAGACCCAGGAUGGCGUAGUUCGAAAUAUGAAGGCGAUCUUUGAGGGAGAAGACCUUAAAAGUGUCACGAGGAACGGGCAGAUGUACCUCGAAGAAGCUCUAGCCAAGCUUGAAGAGUACAAGAGCCAGACGCUGGAGAUGCUGAAGAGAGUCGACACGACGAGGAAUGAUUAUGAGAAACUUUUGGAGAUGGUCCAGCGUAAGGCUCAAGUAGAUGAAGUUCGGUGGUCACGCCUUCAGACCGAGCUAGCCUCUUCGCAGAAUCUCUCAGUCAUGAUUUUCACCACAUUCACCGUCAUCUUCCUCCCCUUGUCCUUCUUUACAAGCUUAUUCGGCAUGAACACAGUCGAAUGGGAUGCUCAGCUUCCAACUAUUGGCUUCAUCGGUGCCGUUUCGCUGCCCCUAUCCGUGUUCAUCAUUGCAGCGGCGCUUAUUGCGGCGUUCAGUAGUCGUGUGCAAGGAUUCGUUCGGAUGGGAUACAAGGGUGGUAAAAAGGUCGUUGUGCUUGUGGCGUCCAGCAUCAAGAAGAUUGUACCACGAAAGAAGAGGGAGAAGAGACGCGUCAACAAGGUGGAACGGGAAGAGAGGAGAACGAGGAGGAAAGAUGGUGGGUAUGACUUUUGGGAGAAUGUAAGGAGGGAAAGGGCGAGUGAGUAUCGUAUCCCGGAAGUUAAUCGCAACAAGGCGAAAACAUGA